AUGGGUCAAGACGAAGCCCGUUCUGGCGAUGGAAUCGAUCCAGUGGGCGAACCGCACCCAGCGGUCGAGAUGAGUAACUUCAAUACCAAACAGGACAUCUCUCACGUAGAGCGAGUCUUGUCGCCAGAUGAUGAAUUGCAGAAAGAAGACAUGGACUUUUCCAGGGUGGAUAAGGAAAUCCAGAUGUAUGCCUCUCGGGGGCAAGUGGAAGUCGACGAGGCCACCAACAAACGUCUAAAGCGCAUGAUUGAUCGUCGCGUAUUGUUGAUCAUGAUCGGCACAUACUUCCUACAGGCCUUGGAUAAGGGAACAAUGUCUUUCUCGUCUAUUAUGGGUAUUAAGAAAGACGCCCAUCUAGAAGAUGGACAGAAGUACUCGUGGCUCACGACUUGUAUCUACAUUGCAGUCUUGACGGUCGAAUAUCCUACCAACUGGAUCAUUCAACGAGUCCCGAUCGCCAAAUACUUGGGUAUAAACAUCUGCCUUUGGGGAAUGACCUUGGCAAUGCAUGCUGCCUGUCACAACUUUGCCGGUUUGGCCACUGUGCGAACUUUGUUGGGUAUCUUUGAAGCGUGUUGUCAACCUACCUUUGUGCUUCUAUCGUCGAUGUGGUAUAAGAGAGAGGAGCAAGCUGCCACGGUUACGUAUUGGUACAUGAUGAAUGGUGCUCAGCAGGUUGUCGGUGGUUUGCUAGCCUAUUGUUUUACUCUAAUUGGAGGCGAUAAAGUUAUCAAAUCCUGGCAGGCGUUGUUCCUCACAUAUGGGGUCCUGUCUGUGUUCUGGGGUCUCUUUGUCAUUUGGUACAUGCCCGACUCUCCUAUGCGUGCCAAAUGCUUCAGCGAAGAAGAUAAACAUUUAAUGGUUGAGCGCCUCAGAUCCAACCAGACAGGUAUUCAGAACAGGCAGUUCCGCUCCUAUCAAGUAUGGGAGGCGCUAAGCGAUCCUCAAACCUGGUGCUACUGUUCCAUCCAGAUCUUUACCACCCUCCCAACGAGCGGUCUGGGUGCAUUUGCAGGUAUCAUUAUGACUGGCUUCAAAUUUACCACUCUGCAAAGCCAGCUGCUUGCUAUGGUACUAGGCUUUUAUAUCAUUAUCAUUCUGUUGACAUCUGCCUGGCUCGUGAAGAAGUACAAUCAGAAUUUGCUCGUUAUGCUUGGAUUUGUCGUUCCAUCAUAUGUUGGAACAAUUGUGCUGAUGACUGUUGCAAACACUACAUUAGCUACAAAGGUGGGACUAUUAUUCAGCUACUACAUCACGCUGUCUUUCUGGUCCGCUCAAACCCUCUGUCUCUCCAUGGUGUCUCGAAAUAUUGCAGGGCAGACGAAGAAAGCGACCGUAGUAGCUGCUACUUUUAUUUCAUGGGCUGCAGGCAAUGCGAUUGGCCCUCAGGUGUUUUUGGAUUGGGAUGCGCCCCGCUAUCAUAUUGCCUGGAGUGUACACCUUGCUUGCUACGCCUGCAUGACUGCGGCUGUUAUCUUCUUGCGCUUCCAUCUCAUUCGCCAGAACAAGAAGAAGGAUGAGAUACUUGCUGCUGCGGGUGUCACGACUGCCGAUCCCAACUUGGUUCACGCUUUUGAGGACAAGACCGACCGGGAAAACAUCAACUUCCGAUAUGUUUAUUAG